GACGAACUGAGAAGGGCUUUCCUCCGGCACGCAGCGUCUUCGCCUGAAGCGGCUUCAGGAUGAACUGUAACUCAGUGUGCUGGUUUCUUCUCCUGAUAUGCAUCACAGCGUUUGCUGAGGAAGAUUCUUUGGCCCAAGAUGGCAGCAAUGAUGUCGACAAAAACUCAAUUGAAAUUGCUUCCGUUCCAAAAAAAAGUCCUGCCAUUGCAAUUGGCAAAGUGUUGAAAAAAGCCCUGGGCUCCUUGAAAUUUCCAAGUAAGGCCACAGCUGAAUUGAUAGGAAGAAUGUUGACUAGAACGUUGUCUUCAUUUGAAUUUCCAGGCGACCUGGCGCUGUCCAGCAGCGCGCUGCACCUGAUGGCCGCCGCGGGCGCCGCGCUGCUAGGCGUCGUGGCGCUUCUCGGCGUCGCGACGCUGCUGCUGCCCGUGUUCGGCCUGCGCGCCUGCCAGCUGGUGGGCUCGUGCGACCAGCAGCCCGCCUACAGCCCGGCGCAGCCAUACGAGGCGUACAGCGCCGCCACCUUCAACCAGCCGGCCUACCCCGAGUACCAGCAGCGGUCUCUGGAUUACGUGGGGCCGAUCUUAGAAGCUUUGAGCUCCGCCUAUGACAAAUACGAUAAGAUGUCCGUCAAAGAGAAACAGUAGCUCUUAGAUUGAGGUCAUUAGUAAAUAAGUUUUAUAAAACGGCUUUGUAGAAUAUGGUGUCAUUUGAAAUCUUAUUACGUUAGGAAUAUGUGAAUAAUUUAUUGCUUGUAACUGUGUUUGGCCGCAAAAAUUUUACAUUGUUAAUUCCCGCAUUUAUCUAGUAUAAGAACGUUUUUUAAAAUUCGAUUAAAUAUUUUGGGUCACUCUUUUAGCAAGACCUGUCACGUAUAUUGAAUAGCACCUCCUCUAAAGUUUAUAAUAUCUGGAGUUUUAUUACAACUUUAUUUAAACAUUGCUAGUUUUUAAUUUCAUGUUCGAAUAUUAAUCUCAUAAUUAAGACAAUUGGUACUAUGAAGUUAUUUUUCUCAGAAAUGCCGUCCUGAAUUUUAGCUUCCAAAUGAAAGUUUGGCAUUUUAAGUAAAAAGAAAAAAGUUCUAUUUGUUUCUGUUAGAAAAUAUUUAACGGGUUAUAAAUAAAUUGGUAUGACAUAUAUUUUUAUUAUCUACAAUUAUGUAUUAGAAUAAGUAAUAAUUGUAUGUAACUUUAAUA